AUGGAGAGAGAACGGGUGGUCAAGAAAGCUCAGGAACAACACGCAGCCGAGAUGUUGGAGAAACAGAGGAAGGACGACUUGGCGCGCGAGAAGGCGAGGAAGGACGCGGAGAAACGCCGUGUAGAGCAAGUUUUCCAGGAGAACGAGGCCCAACUUCAGCAAAAGCGCCAGCAUCAAGCACAAGAGCGUGAGUUAGAAUUGAAGCUAGCAGAGGAAUACAUCGCCAUGGAGAAGAAAAAAGAUGAAGCACGUCGUAAGCAGGUCGAAACCAUGGCGGAGAACAUCAAGAAGAAGAUGAAAAUAUUCGACGAUACUGCAAAGGCCACGACGGAUGCCAAGGCUCGCGAGGAAGAUGAACGAGUGCGCCGUUAUCAACAAGAAUACACGAAGAAACAGACUGAAGACGAGCGCAAGCGACGAGAAGAUGCUGAAGCUCGUUGUCAUGCGCAACAGGAUUAUCUUCGCAUCCAGAUGCAGGAGAAGAAAGACCGUGAAGAAGCCUUAAAGCGAGAUUUGAACAAGCAGGCGGACCUGUGGAAACAGGAGCGCAUCGAGGCCGACCGUCGUGAAAAAAUUGCCAAACAGCAGCGAGCAAUGAGAAAUCGCUCCCAGCAGAAUGUUUUACUUGAACAAAUGCGCGAACGUGAACUACGUAGUCUUCAGGCCGACCAAACUCGCCUUGAGGUACAACUGAAUGCUCGACUUUUAGAGAAAAUUCAUCAACAAGCUGGUGCUCUUCAAAGUCAAGCGGAAGACGUCGUCUCCGAGACUCAGAAUCGAUCUCGAGAAUUGCAGGAACAGGAACGAGCCUUGACGCAUCGACAGUCUCAGCGAGCGAUCAAGUUCUAG